UCCGGCAGCAUGUCCUUCACCGGCAAGUAUGAGAUGGAGAGCGAGAACAACUAUGACGAGUUCAUGAAGCGCCUGGGGCUCCCCAGCGACAGGAUUGAAAAGGGUCGCGACCUCAAGACUAUCUCAGAGGUGCAGCAGGACGGGCAGAACUUCACCUGGUCCCAGAACUACCCCGGGGGCCCCUCCAUUACCAACAAUUUCACCAUCGGCAAAGAGUGCGACAUGGAGACCGUGAUGGGCAAGAAGUUCAAGGCCACUGUGCAGAUGGAGGGUGGGAAGGUGGUGGUGAACUUCCCCCACUACAACUACACUGCGGAGAUCGUGGAUGGCAAGCUGGUGGAGAUCUCCACCGUUGCAGGUGUGUCCUACGAGCGCGUGAGCAAGAGGCUGGCCUGA